CGCGGGUCUGUAAAAGGGCACAGGAGGUGGCUGGGUCCCUGGAGAGACGCCUCCAGCAGGAGGACUGGAGGGGCUCAUGGACCUUUCUAGACCCAGGUGCAGACUCUGGAGGGAACUGGUCCUUGUGGCCAGUCUGCUGGCAUGCGUGAUCCGCCAGGCCUCCAGCCAAAUCUACAUCGCCCCGGAUUCACUCAUCGGAGUGGAAAGAUAUAUGAGCUCACUGGCCAUUGAGAACGCCCCUGAAGAUGUUCAGGAAUACAGCUGGCACCGGGGUGCAAAUGACACUGAGGAAAAUCUGAUUAUCAGCUACAACACCACAUCUCAUUCCAGGCGGGAUGGGCCCAUGUACAGCGGCCGGGAAAGUGUGUCCAUUAGAGGUACCCUGAGGAUCAGGAGGUCACAGUUAAAUGACACGGGGAACUACACAGUGAGGGUGGACACCAUCAAUGACACCCAGAGAGCAACUGGCUGGCUCGAGAUUCUAGAGUUGGAAAUCCCACAAAUCUCAGUCAACACCACCUCCGUCGUAGAUGGUGAGGAUGCGGUUGCUGCCACUUGCUACACCAGUGACAGCCACGUCCAGUGGUAUGUGAAUUAUGUACCGGUGUCCGGCAAUUACCGGAUGACCAUCUCCCCGGACAACAAGACCCUCGUCAUCCGAAUGUUCGGCCGCUUCGACUCACCACUUCAGUGCGGGAUAGAAAUUCUCCCAGAGCUCAUUCAGAAAAGUGACCUCGUCUAUGUGACAGUGGCCUAUGGGCCCUACAGUCUGCUGCUCAGCAGUAGUCCCACUGACUUCAACGGCAUCCUGUCUGCUGAGAUCGGCUCCCAGGUGGAGAUGAAGUGCAUCUCCUAUUCCAGACCAGAAUCCAAGUACCGCUGGAUCCACAAUGGCUCCCUCCUGAGCUUCUCGGAGAAGAACUUCACCCUCCCGAGUCUGACCUGGGACCAGAUGGGCAGAUACAGGUACAUCGCGGAGAACUCCGCCACCCAGGUCACCUUGUAUGAAGAAGUCCAUGUCCAGGCACCCUUUUGA